GAAUUUUGUUCGUGUUAAUCUUUCUAUUUAUAUCUCAUCUCAUAUUUCAUAAUGAAACCACAAAUUCAUCUUCUAACCAUAACAGGAAACAUAAAAAUGGCUACACAAUUCUUUACUCACUCAAUCUCUAAUUCAAAUGUUAUUUCAUGGAGCAAUUCUCAUAAUCCAUGGCGGUUGGUGAGUUCUUCACCAAGGAAAUUAAUCUCCAGGUAUUGCAAGUUCACGUCUCUACCUGUUUUGCCACGUGCCAUCAUUGCAACCCCAUCAUCCCAAGGCAACGCUUCUUUUCUCGUGAAUUUUAGCCAACCCACGGUAAUCUCUUCAGAAGUACAUGGUAGCAAUAGAGUCGCAGAGCUAAAGGGAAAGAUAAUAGCUUUAAUGACAGAUUCAAACCCAAUCAUAUUAAUGGAGUUAGUUGACAAAAUUCAAAGAUUGGGGUUAGGGUGCACUUUUGAAGAAGAUAUUAAUAAAAUAAUGAAAUAUCUUGUUCAAGGUCAUCCAAAUGACGAUUUAUAUACAGUGGCACUUCGUUUUCGUCUUCUUCGCCAUAAUGGUCUCCAUGUUAAUCCUGAUGUUUUUGGAUCAUUCAUGGAUGCAAAUGAUGGAGAAGAUAUUCUAUCAGAGGCAAGGGAAUUUACAACAAGGCACCUCAAGAAAUCAGUAUUCAAAUUAACCCCCUUACUACGUAACAAAGUUCUUCAAAGUUUAAAGCUACCAAGACAUCUAAGAAUGGAAAGAUUAGAAGCAAGAAUGUAUAUUGAAGAAUAUGGAAACGAACAAGACCACAUCCCAUUUUUGCUAGAGCUUGCAAAGUUGGAAUACAAUGAAAUCCAAAUACUUCACCAAAUGGAAAUCUCUGAGAUAACAAGGUGGUGGAAGCAUUUGGGUCUAACGGGUAAACUUCCUUUUGCCCGAGAUCGGCCUCUUGAGUGUUUUCUAUGGACUGUUGGGCUCUUACCUGAGCGAAAAUACUCCACCAAGAGAAUCGAGGUGGCUAAAACCAUUUCCAUUUUGUUGGUAAUUGAUGAUAUAUUCGACACUUAUGGCUCGUAUGAUGAUCUUGUACUAUUCACAAAAGCAAUUCAAAGAUGGGACAUGCAAGAAAUAGAACAACUACCUGAGUACAUGAAGAUAUGCUACAUGGCAUUGUAUAAUACUACCAAUGAGAUUUGUUAUGAAAUCCUUAAAGAACAUGGAUUGAAUGUUCUUCCAUUCCUGCGCAAGACGUGGAUUGAGAUGGUUGAGGCGUUUAUGGUGGAAGCUGAAUGGGUAAAAAGAGGAACUGAACCAAAUCUGAAAGACUACAUAGAGAAUGGGGUUAAAACAGCAGGGACAUACAUGGCAUUGGUGCAUCUAUUCUUUCUCAUUGGAGAAGGUGUUACUACAGAAAAUAUAAAAACUCUUACUGAUUCAUACCCUAGUUUCUUCUCGAUAUCGGGAACAAUUCUUCGUCUUUGGGAUGAUCUGGGAACUUCAAAGGAGGAACAAGAAAGAGGGGAUGUAGCAUCAAGCAUACAAUUGUUGAUGAAAGAGAAGAAUAUUACAUGUGAAGAAGAAGGAAGGAAACAAAUCUUACAGUUUAUCGACUCAUCAUGGAAAGAACUUAACAAAACACUAGUAGUACCAAACACAUUGCCCAUUUCGCUCAUUAGAAUUGCCCUAAAUAUGGCAAGAGCUUCUCAAGUUGUUUAUCAACAUGAAGAAAGUAGUUAUUUCUCACGUGUAGAUAAUCAUGUAAAAUCUCUUUUUUUCGCUCCAAUACAAAUCUAGGAUUGUAACUUGGUAUUAAUUAUUUGGCUUAUAAUAUAUACAACCCAUAUAUAUAUUUCUCACGUGUAAAUAAUCAUGUAAAAUCUCUUUUUUUCGCUCCAAUACAAAUCUAGGAUUGUAACUUGGUAUUAAUUAUUUGGCUUAUAAUAUAUACAACCCAUAUAUAUAUUUCUCACGUGUAGAUAAUCAUGUAAAAUCUCUUUUU